CAUGUCGAGGAGAUGCAGAUCCCCCGUCCGGGCGUCCGGUAAGCAAAACACACCAGAGACGUCGGGGGAAUGGCUGCCUGAAUAUUGUGUAGUUCUUCCCCCAUUCCCUCACCGCCUCCGCCAAAUCGGAGUCAGCGGAUCGCUGCCCGACCAACAGCGCGCACCUGCUGCGAAAGGAGUUCAUUAGAAAUCCAUGGCCAAGUUCUCCUUUGACGACGCCAGCGAAGACCCUCCCGCCUUCUCUUCCGAGGGCGAAAAGAGAAAGCGCGAGGACGGCCCAGCCGAAGCGGCGGCCGGCGGAGGAUCCUCGAAGGCCCGAAUUUCGGCGGUCGAGGGCGAAGAGCAGGAUGGAAGCGCGGUGGUAGGGGCGGAGAGGGCUGAAGGGACCGGCCGUAAUCUGGAGACGGUCGUUGGCGGAGAGGCUGACGGGAUUAGUGUGCGCAUCGACCCGGAUGUGCUUGAUUGCUCCAUCUGCUUCGAGCCCCUCCAACCGCCCCUCUAUCAGUGCCAAAAUGGCCAUGUAGUGUGCUUUUCCUGCUGGUCUAGGCUCACCAACAAAUGCCACAUUUGUUCUCAUGAUGCUAACUUUGUACGAAACAUUGCACUGGAGAAGGUUGUUGAGUCAGUUAAAUCAUACUGCUCAUAUGCCAAAUGGGGCUGUAACAAGUUGGUCAGCUAUGCGUGCAGAAAUGCUCACGAAGAAUCCUGCCUUUACGCUCCUUCAGUGUGUCCUAUUCCUGGUUGUGAGUACAGAGGAUUCACUGGAUGGUGGUCAGGACAUUUCCUUACAAACCAUAAUAAUGAUGGGCUGUGCUUCUCAUAUGGUCAGUGUUUCGAAGUGAGUUUGGAAAUGUCAGUUCCUUUUCUGGUUCUUCUAGCAGAGGAUGAUCACCUAUUCAUUUUCAUCAACAAGAACGUGAUUCCCUUUGGCCAUGCGCUUUCAGUGUGUUGCCUUAGGAAUGGCAAUCUGAAUGGGAAUUUCUUCUAUGAAAUGAGAGCAACUAGUAAUGGAAACACUGAAAACAGUCUGCAAUUGAAGGCUUCUGUCACAAAUACAAGGGAGUGGCAAGGUCUCAGCCCUACAGAAGCUUUCCUUUUGGUUCCAUAUGCCUUCAUCAAAUCUAGCAAACUUACACUAAAUGUCUCUAUUGAGAGGGUUGCUCAUGGGAUGUGAAUAUCUGCAGUUUGUAAUGUGUUGUAAAAUGUAAAAAAGGCAGCAGUGUAAGUUUGUCUUAGAAACUGUUUUUUUUUUUCACUGAGGCAUCUCUGGCCAAUUUGGUUUGCUAAACCCCUGACUCUAUUCAUGUGAUUCAGAUGCUGACAUCAAGGUCUGUAACUGUAUGUGUAUACUUCCAUGUACCAAAAUUUUUAACUGAGAUGCUUGACGUAGGAACUAUAGGAACUCAUGUUGCAUUCUUAUGUAAAUCCUGAAUUCUUGAUGUACAUGCAACAAUUGGUUCCUUCUGUUGUUAGACCUGGGAAUUUGGUUUACGUGUUUAUUAAUGUAUUUAGAUGCAAAGAAUGAAUGUCGCCAUCUAUACAUGGUAUAACUUUUUUAGUUAUUAUGUCCGGCCCGCUAUGUUCCUGAGGUCGGUGUGUUCUGUAUUCCCAAAAACAGUUCAGAAUGUAUUUGUUGUUGUUUCAAUGCGUAUAAUGGAUUUAUGUAAGUUUGCAGA